CUUUGACUGAAAUAACUCAAUAAGUUUAGUUGACAUAUCACUAUGUGUCAAUGUGCAGAGAUAAGCCUUUUAUCAGUUAUAUUACAUUUUUAAAUGUUUAUAUUCAAUCAAAUGGUACAGUACUACGAAUCAAACAGGCGCCUAAGAUCUUCAAAACAAAGAUUCUGGAGAAAGAUGGUGAAAUUUGAAGUUGAUCCACUAUGAGAGAUCAGUUGUUUGCCCUGUUUUACGCCACCACUACAUUGCUGUAUGUGGUCCUGGGAGAUGUCACAAAACACGACAAGUUGUACACCUUCAAUGUGGAAGCUGGGGGUGGGGGUUACAUGCGCUUCACCCCCGACUGGGUCAAUAAUAAACCGCACCAUGUAAAGAUUAAAUUCAGGACAUGGAAGCCAACAGCAUUUUUGAUGAAUUAUAUGUUAAUGGACAAUGCAAGGAAAGUGCCAUACUACAGCAUGAAUGUGACCCUAAAAGGAGGUCAACUGGAGGUUGUGCAUCAGUUCAGGAGCUACAUUGAGACCUUUACAUUUGGAAAAGGUUUGAACCAUGAUAGAUGGCAUGACAUGGAUAUAUUGCAAAACAUGCCUUUGGGUGCAGUGACCAUCGUGCUAGACAGUGUCACUAAGACACAGGUGCUGGAUGCCUAUAGUAAAGGAGGUGCAUAUGAAGGACUCUCAAAUUUCAAAGGCACAUACAGCUCAUUGAUAAGCUUUGGAGGAUUGGAAUCUGGUGUAAGUCAUCCAUUUAUAGGAUGUAUGGGAGGCUUCUAUUUCAAACAAGAAAACUCUAAGCCCCUACAUCCGCCAAUAUCAGCCAGUCGGAAUAUCCAAGAUGGCUGCCUCAGUUCCUGUGACAUCCGACCCACAUGUCAGGCUGGCACAUGUAUAAAUCAUUACAUCAGCAAGUCAUGUGACUGUUUUAGGACCAAUCGGGAAGGAGCACUCUGUGAUAAAAAACAAGUUACGACAGUUUCCAUGAGGGGUUUUGAAUGGAUCUCAUACAAGAUAUACAAAGAGAAAUCUCACUCACCAACUAAUCGUGUGAGCUUGGAAUUUAAAACCAUACACAAAGAUGGCAUCUUAUUUUAUGGGUCCGGUACAGAUCCACAUCCUAGUCAUAUUGUGAUGUCACUGAAGGAUGGGGUUGCCGUGGUAUCCAUAUUGUUUACGCAUGACUUAGCACUAGAUCUGAUGUUUAAACUAGGACAAAAUUUAAAUGAUAACAAAUGGCAUUCGCUGACACUGAUUCAUCAUCACCACCAGGUGAAUGUCACGCUGGAUGGAAGGAAUGUAACUCACGUCAUGGAUGAGUCGGAACACUUCCAUGUGCACUUGGACCCUGUCGUUUAUAUUGGAGGCAUAAAACAAUCAGCCAUCUCAGGAGUUAUGACAACUCCAAGGACACCCUUUAUUGGAUGUCUUCGUAAUGUCUACUACAACGACAUCUCAAUUCUGGAACAGGUUCGAUUGAGGAAUCCUUCCAGUGAUUAUUUUGGGACAAAAAUCCAAUAUGGCUGUCAGGUUAUAGAUGAUGUGUCAAUCACGUUCCCAAGCACCAAAUCAAUGUUGAAAUUACCCAUCGACUCACUGAGUGUUCUCCAAAUGAGUUUAGAGUUCCGGACAUUGAAGUCAGAUGGUAUCAUGCUGUACACUGAGAUCAAGAGUAUAGCAAGACCCCAGCUUGGGCAUGUAGAGGUGUGGUUGAUCAGUGGAGAGCUUAACCUGUUCUACCAGGUGGACAAUAAGAACCAUCAACAGAAGGCAAGGAUUGGGAAACGACUCAAUGAUGACAACUGGCAUCAACUGCAGUUCCUCUUUUCUUCUGGGAUGGUGACACUUGUGGUAGAUGGCAUAACGAAAAAAGUCAGUCUAAUGCAAGGUCCAGUGAAGACACAGGGUGACAUCUAUGUUGGCUAUGGGAAAGAUGAAUAUUCAGCUGGAUUUAUUGGCUGUAUGAGGAACAUAUUUCUCCAAGGAGUGAUGCUAGGCCCCAUGUACAUAGUCCACACACCAAAUGUUGUACAUGGAGCCAUGCUGAAUGGAUGCAGGCUAACAGAUUUCUGUCUUAAUGACACAACAUGCGAACAUUCGGGGAAAUGUGUCACUGAUUGGCAUGGCAAGAAAUGUGACUGUACAGACACUGGGUAUGAAGGGAAAACAUGUCAAUUUGCCUUACACCAACCAACCUGCCAUGACUACUGGGAACAGGGAGCCACUAUAUCUGGAAUCUACCCCAUUGAUGUAGACAACAACGGCCCAUUAGAUUUCACAUAUGUCAACUGUGAAAUGAGCCCUCAAGGUGGGGUGACUGUAGUUGAACACAAUAUGCCUAUGGGUGAGAUUGUACGAGGACCAGAGAUGGAUGAUAGGAGAUAUAAUAUUAGAUAUAGAGGGAUGACAACAGCCAUGUUAAAGGGACUAGUGGAGGGCUCAAGGCAGUGUCAACAGACUGUAUAUUACAGCUGCAACAGUGCACCUUUAAGUUUUUCAGACAGGCAUACCUGGUUUGUGUCAGUGUUUGGGGAGGUCAUUCAGACUCUUGGACAUGCUGAAGGCGACAGUGAACCAUGUGGCUGCUUCACUGGUGUAGAUGGCAAUCUUGAAUGUGCAACAUGCAGCUGUGAUCUAGACUCUAUAGAAGCUGGUAGUGAUAAUGGCACUCUACUAAGUGAGAGAAGUGUUCCUAUAACACAGAUGAACUUCAAGCAGCAAGGAUACGGAAAUGCAACUGUCACACUUGGGCCAUUAAAAUGUUCUGGCAAAAAGUUAGAGCCAAAGGGAUCUGGUGCAGUGACAUUCACGAUGGGCAACUCAAGUCUGGCUUUACCUACAUGGAUAGAUGGCGCUCUUGUGUUCAAUUUCAAAACACGUCAAGAGAAUGGAGUCAUCUUGUAUCAGUCUCCAGGUCCAAACAAGGGCAGCUUUCUCAGCAUCACGUUAAAACAAAGAAAGAAUAUUGAGAUACAGUUCCAGCUACAGGAAGUUUCUGACAAGGUAACCUUGGAGUCUCACCUCCCUCUUAAUGAUGGCCGCUGGAACAGAGUCAUCAUAGAACAAGACCAAUACAAUGCUAGGUUUGCUGUAAAUGGAUAUCGCCAACUAGUUGACUUAGAAGAGCUGCUGAAAUUGAAAGAUGAGAGAGGGGAUAGAAGGAAGAGAAACACAGAGGAAACAUCAGGAUUUACGGGCCCAUUGUACAUUGGAGCUCCUCCAGGGGCAGUUAUGGGAGAAGGCUUGAUGGGCAGUGUGAAAGGCCUUAAAUACAAUAACAUCUAUCACAACCUAGCAGAAAUGAUCACACCCCAGACAAUUGGUGUGUUGAGAGGCAUACAUUCAGCAUGUGACACUGCCCCCUGUAUGAAUCAGGCCCAAUGUAUUGAACGAUGGAACAGCUAUCUCUGUUUGUGUAGAGAUCCAAUGUCACAUUUUGGCAAGAACUGUGAACUAAAUAUCAACUCUGCCCUACUAAGCCUACAUUCCCCUGGAAGCUUCCUCAUCUACAAAUCGCCCAUUGAACCUGACCUCAUCUCCUCGGACAUCCAGUUUGGCUUCCGUACCUCCGCCUCUGAUGGCCUCCUGAUCUUCAUCCACGAUCAUCUGAAUAACUUCCUUCAGAUGGAGGUACAGAAUACGAAUGAGUUCGUACUGAGGUUUAACGUCAUGUUUGAUAUCAAGGAGGAGAGAUUGCUCAUUGAGAAAAAUUUGACAGACAACCGCUGGAAAAGAGUGAGUCUGAGGCUGGAGUCAGAUGGACGUCCCAGAAUAACAGUUGCCGGGGUAACACGGUUACUGAACACAUACAGGAAUGCAAUGACCUUCUAUAUGAGGAACCCAUUCAUAACUGAAGAGACUGUAAUCCCACCCAGGCCAGCUGAUUUCCCUCCCACUGGGAUCACAAUGUAUGUAGGUGGGGCCCCAGAGUCUAUGACAAAACUACCCAGCCUGCUAGGGUGUCUAAGGGGUCUCAAGAUUGGACAGAAGUUCUGGCAUUUCACCAAGGCAGACUUUCAACAAGGAGAUUUGACAUUUGAUGAAAGUGGAUGUAGGGAUCCCGGGGCAAUAGUACCAGCUCCUAGUAUACAGCUAGCCCCUGUCCAAGCCAGGAACACAAUAGAGUAUAAACAUGGCCAGACUGGGUACCAGUUCUUGCCUUGGGAUGUUGGUCCAGCAGAGGUCCAAUCUCUAUCAGCAAGUGGUGCAGGGACUGAUCAAUCUUCACACAUGGACAGUAGAGAUACUGUAACAUUGGCAGUUAUUGUGAUGUCCGUGAUUGGUGUUGCGAUGCUGCUGACUGGAGUAAUUGCAUUUCUACUAUGGAAGAAGAACCAGUACAACAAGUACAAGGAAAAGGCCACUAAAGCAGAGAGGGAAAAUCUCAUGUAUAAAAGCAAUGGUUCAACACCAACUGCCAGAAAGUUCUCUGGCCCUGCUAAGCCACCAAGAGGCACCAGGGUCCCAGGGACCCCUUUGAAGAUCAUUGCUAGUAUGGAGGACCUCACCCCACAAGAACUGAAAGUGCCUCUUGAUGAAGAAGCCCUUGUGGGGAUACCUGAGUAUGAUGAACAUGACAGAUCCCUGACUCCUGAUCUUCCCCCUCCCCCUGAUGUGUACAAUGUAGCCCCACCCCCCUCAGACCUAGAGUGGGAUCCUCAGAUGGACAGCACACCUUUAAAACUAGAUUAUAUAUAUCAGCAACCAAAUCCACAUUUGAUGACCUUGACCCCAGGAUUGGAAAAUGAUGACAUCAUUGCAGGUUCAGAUAGAACUCUAACAAGUCCUUAUGGAAACGACACAGCCAAUAUUACUAUACCUUAUGAGGAUAGUCCAGAGGAGCCUCGUGAGACCAGAAAGGAGAACCAAGUCCCUGAUACGACACCCAGUCCAAGGAACCGACCAUAUAUGUAUGAACCCAUCAACAACCUCAACAAGGAAGACACUCCUGGCCCUAAAGACAAUCAUGAAAUCAAUCCAAUACUUCAGCAUGUCCCUAAUGAAGUAUAUGAUAAGCCAGAAGGAUCAGACAUUGACGGUAUUUAUCCAAAAGAGGAUAUAGACAAUGAAAAGGAAAGCAAUAUUCCUGUAUUUUCUCAAAGUGAUAAAUUAGUUAACACAGACCAAGUGCCAAUAGAGUACCCCUCUAACAAUGUACAAUAUGAUAAUGUAAACCCCAUGGACAAUUUACCAUAUGAUGGUUGGGGUAAAAAUCCAUACGACAAUGUUGAAGAUAAAUUUGCCACUCUGGAAGACAUACAUGCUGAAAGUGAUGAACCAGAGUCCACUGACUCUGAUGUUAGUAGUGUGAUUGACUCAUACAAUGUCUCAUAUAAUGGAGUUUUUGAGUCUAAAAGUGCCACUCCCCAAGCUAAAGCUUUGGAUGAUAUAAUAGCCUCACCCACAAUGGAAGACACACUUGAUAAACCCAAUAACCCCAUGGUGUAUUCACCAAAUGGUGACUCUAGUACUCCAUCAUCAGAAGACAACAUCCCAACACAUAAACAACAGUUUGAUGAUUCUCCCGACUCUAGUGGAAUGGACAGUGGUAUUGACACUAUGAAACCACCCCGCAAAAAAUCAGUGACAUUCAAUGAAACACCAGUUAUGAUUGAUGUUGCGCAUAUGCAAGAAUACAAUGAAGAUGGAGUACAGAGUCCAAAUAAUACCCCUAAAGAGGAAUUUCCCUCAAAUGAAAAUGAAGACUCUGACAAAAGUACAACUAAAGGUUCAACUGAAGGAGUUCACAAAAACUACACAACGAAUGAAAAUGAUGACAAUCAAAUGUUGAUUACAGAGCCUGUUCAGGAAUCCACACCAACUCGACAAUUCAAGAAGAAAGCCAAAAGACCUGGUGGUACUAAAAAGAAAGGUGGCACUCCUAGUCGUCUUCCUUUGACAAAGAAAUAAUAAUAUCAUAAACAUGUACAUCUAUUGUACAUACAUGUAUUUUCUUAUGUGAUGUAAAUAAUACUAAAUUGUGAGGUUAAGCAAGCUGAUUUUUAUUACGUGAACCGCAAACGUUAACCCAUACGUUCCCGUUUACAUUCUACAAACAUAAGUGAUUUUUUCUCAUUGAUAUUUGCCUUUAUGUCCCAUUUUCUGCAUAUAGUGUGUAUAAAAAAUGAUAUUUUAAUUACAAAUUGAUGAAAGUGUUUAAUAAAGGAGCUGUUUCACAGUCUAGCAGUGUUUUACGACUUUUAGAAUCUUACAAAAUAUAACAGGAGGCGAUUACAUUUUAUUCUUAUGAAUACCUAAAGGUCAGUUGAUUAAUUCAGUUACAAAACCUGAAAACACAAUAUAUGGAUUAAUAUAGAUUUAAGAUGAGUUGACAGUUAGGCAAUUGCCAUGUAUGUAGUCUCAUCAGAGUUUACAUAUGAAAUGGGUGCCACGAUAUUCAAGUUGUAUUUGAUUAGAUUUGACACAAAUGAUCUUGAUGUAUAUGCAGAUUGUAUAUUCAUGCAUUUGACUAAUAUCAUAUUUAUCUCGAUUGAGCUUGAUAAAGUUCUACAGAUCCUUUAUGGAACCACCUACCCAGACUUUGAUUUCUUGAGUUGCAAUGAAUGUAAACCAGGAAAUAAGUAGAACAAUUUUACGUCACAUCCUGAAAAAAACCUGUGUGCACCUUCCCAUUUGCGGUUUACAUGGUAAAAAUUGGUAUUGCUUAACCUCUCUAAUAUAAAAUGUAAGCCUUUUUGUACAAAUGUAAAAUAUCAUUGUAGGUAGUCGAGAGAUUGUUCCAAUUGAAACUAUAUGAAACAGUUUCUACUUAUUACUGUAUAUCAAUCAUGAUCAAUCUUUGCUAGAACAAUUCAAAUUCAUGAGACAAUUUUCCUAUAAAAUAAUAUAUUUUAUUUUCAUUAACUAUGGAUUGAUGUAGAAUAGCAAUAUCACACUGAAAGGAUUUGACAUUUGAAAUUGAAUUUAAAUUAUGGCAAGGUGGUGACAUGGGGUACUUUGGUAUUUUUAAUUCGGCAAAUUUUCCAUGUUUAUAGUGCUAUCAUAUUACCAGCUUUUUCAUGUGGAAAACACUACAUACAAUCACUCAAAGAGGAAUUUUGUCUUUGAAGAUAGAAAUUCAAGUAAAACAACUUGAAGAUAGAAAAUUUGUACAAACAUUUCUUGAAAUUAAAGUGUGUGCCAAAUUUACCCAUGUACAAAUCUGUAGUGCCAUUCUAGUCCAGUGAUGUGUUCAUAUACACCCCCAAUCCGCAUCAUCAUCUAACAACGUUGUACAGUGUUGUUGGAGAUUGGCUGUGUAGUUUUCAAUAUU